AUGGCUAUCCCGUGCAUAAAAUUUUUCAGAGUAUCUAUUCAACAAGUAACUGGUUUUCUUUAUGAAUGUGAAGCACAAGUAAGAAAAUGUGCUAGUUUGGAAGCAGUUUUAAGGGGACUUUGUUUGUUUGUUGGUUUUGAAUACCUCCCGGUUAUUAGUGUUCUAUUUUCGAAGUACCUAGAAGAUUUCGGGAAAAUUGGUUUAUAG